CAUUUAGUGCCUUAUGUUAAAACCACCUGUGGAUUCAGUGGAAUAGCAAUUAACUAGAAUGACAAAGAGCUUUUUAAUAACAGACAUGGGGUGCAUUGUUAAACUUUCCUUGCUGAUCUCCCCAGUGCUUCACCGAGGAAGAAAUAAAAUCUCAUUUUGGCCUGAUGGGCAGAUUUCAGCUUGGCUCUCAGGUCCUCUCCCUCACUCUUCUACUGAGAAUAAAGGUAGAUGCUGCCCUGAUUUGGGAAAAGCUGGGCCCUGAAAGUAGGGAUGUGAUCUAGCCAAGUCUCAGAGAGAGAGAAGCAGCUCUUUGGCUAGGACAGAAGCCCCAUCUCUUGACAUUUGACCUUCAGAUUCCUACAGUUUAAAAAUUAAUCACCAGAAAAUGAAUACUUCCCAUUUUCCCUCAGCUAGACCAAAGUCCUAAGUGCUGGCUCUAACUAAGCCAGGGGUUCUCUGUCAAAAUAAAUUGCAGGGGUGGGAGUCAGGCUGGUAGGGACCAGGCCAAUCAGCCCCCAGCUAGCAGCCUCUCCAGGAUUUGCUCUGGGCUCCUAGCCGGUUAGACCAGCCCUGCCAGGGCUCCUUGGAGAGCAGGGUGGAGAUGCAGGGCUUGGGAGAGGAGCAGCGAGGCCUGGGGAGGGCGGGGCUGAGCAGGUCUCUGCAGCAGGCGGGAGAGAAGGAAAUAGGGUGGAGGAAUUGUGUUCAGGUGUGCCCCACCGAAGGCCAGGCUUCGGAAAGGAUUGAGGCUGCCUGCCCAGCCAGGGAGGAGAAGGAAGCUCUCUCGGUGGCUGUGAUGCCUGUUUGAGGGGAUACUUGGAGGUGUCUCAGCCCAGUCUCCCUCCCCAGAAGAGGAAACCUAGAAGGGCCCAAGGCAUGCCAGCUCCCAGAGAGGAGAAGAAACUUCAGGCUAAGAGAUUAAGUAGUUUUACAAGGUCAAACAACCAGGGAAAGUGGCAGAAGUGAAAUUAGAACCAGAAAUUGACACAAAUUAUUUAAAAGAAGAAAAGCAACACCAUUACCAUAGUUGACUUCCUGUGUUUGUUUCUAAUAGGAUCCAACUGUACAUGUAAGUUCACAAUUAGCAUAGCGACCAGCCAAGAGCAUGUAGAAACAUUUUCAUGAAAUUGACCGGAGCUUGCUACGAGACAUGACCCUCUCAGUGGACUCGUCUUGGCACCGGUGGCAGCGGCGAGUCAGAGACGGCUGCCCCCAGUCUCCGUCAGAAGCCACACCGCUGCUGCUCGCAGAGAAGGAGACGCGGAACUACAACCCGGCGCAGCAGCGGAUCGUGUUCCCCAACAAUCACGCGUUCCACCAGGACUGGGCGAAGUUCUCUAGGCGAUACUCCAGCAACAGAAUCUGCACAACCAAGUACACCCUCUUCACCUUCCUGCCCCAGAAUCUCCUAGAGCAAUUUCACAGAUGGGCUAACCUCUAUUUCCUGUUCCUGGUGAUUCUGAACUGGAUUCCCACCUUGGAAGUCUUCCACAGGGAAAUCACCAUGUUACCAUUGGCCAUUGUCCUGUUCAUCAUCAUGGUCAAAGAUGGCGUGGAGGACUUCAGGAGAUACCGCUUUGAUAGACAGAUUAACUGCUCCAACAUCCAGAUAUACGAACGGAAAGAGCAGAGCUACGUGCAGAAGUGCUGGAAGGAUGUACAUGUGGGGGACUUCAUCCAGAUGCAGUGCAACGAGAUCAUCCCAGCCGAUAUACUCCUCCUCUUCUCCUCGGACCCCAGUGGGGUCUGCCAUCUGGAAACUGCCAACUUGGAUGGAGAGACCAACCUCAAACAGAGGCGGGUUGUGAAGGGCUUCUCACAGCAGGAGGUCCAGUUCCAACCAGAACAUUUCCGCAACACCAUCGUGUGUGAGAAGCCCAACAACCACCUCAACAAAUUUAAGGGUUAUAUGGAACAUCCCGAUCAGACCAGGACAGGCUUUGGCAGUGAGAGUCUUCUGCUUCGAGGCUGCACCAUCAGAAACACUGAAGUGGCUGUUGGCAUUGUCAUUUACGCAGGCCAUGAGACGAAAGCCAUGCUGAACAACAGCGGCCCGCGGUACAAACGCAGCAAGAUCGAGCGGCGCAUGAACAGAGACAUCUUCUCCUGCAUCGGCAUCCUCUUCCUCAUGUGCCUCAUUGGAGCUGUAGGUCACGGCCUCUGGAAUGGAACCUUCACAGAGCACCCUCCCUUUGACGUUCCAGAUGCCAAGGGCAACUACCUUCCCCUUGCCCUUGGGGGCUUCUACAUGUUCCUCACCAUGAUCAUCCUGCUCCAGAUACUGAUCCCAAUCUCCCUGUACGUGUCCAUUGAGCUGGUGAAGCUCGGGCAAGUCUUCUUCCUGCACAACGACCUUGACCUGUAUGAUGAAGAGACUGACUUGUCCAUUCAGUGUCGAGCCCUCAACAUCACUGAGGACUUGGGUCAGAUCCAGUACAUCUUCUCCGACAAAACAGGAACGCUGACCGAGAACAAGAUGGUGUUCCGACGUUGUACCAUCAUGGGCCACGAGUAUUCUCACCAAGAAAAUGCUAAGCGACUGGAGACCCCAAAGGAGCUGGACUCAGACAGUGAAGAGUGGACCCAAUACCGGUGCUUGUCCUUCCCAGCCCGAAGGGACCAGGGCCCAGCAACAAUGAGGGGCCAAGGAGGGUCCCAGCCUCUGAGGAGGAGCCAGAGUGCCCGUGUACCCAUCCAGGGCCACUCGCGACAAAGGUCUAUGGGGCGCUGUGAAAUCUCACAGCCCUCUGUGGCCUUCAGCAGCUCCAUAGAAAAAGACGUGACUCCAGAUAAAAAUCUCCUGUCCAAGGUGCAAGACGCAGCUCUGUGGCUGGAGACCCUGUCAGACGGCAGACCCCCCAAGCCUUCUCUUGCCACUGCCUCCUCCGUUGCUGACUUCUUCCUUGCCUUAACCAUCUGCAACUCCGUCAUGGUCUCCACGACUACCGAGCCCCGGCAGAGGGUCACCAUGCCACCCUCGACCAAGGCUCUGGGGACAUCCCUGGAGAAGAUCCAGCAGCUGUUCCACAGGUUGAAGCUUUCAAGCCUCAGUCAGUCCUUCUCAUCCACUGCACCCUCCGACACGGACUUGGGGGAGAGCUUGGGGGCCAACAUCCCCACCAUGGACUCAGAAGAGAGAGACGACGGGUCAGUGUGCAGCGGUGGCUAUUCUACUGAUGGCGGAUACAAGAGCAGCACGUGGGAGCAGGGUGACAUCCUGGGGGCAGGGCCGAGGGCCUCCCUGGAGGAGGUGCUGCAGGCCCCAGCCCUCAGCCUGGCUGGUCCCGAGCUCUGUUAUGAGGCUGAGAGCCCUGACGAGGCCGCCCUAGUGCACGCUGCCCGUGCCUACAGCUUCACACUGGUGUUGCGGACACCCGAGCAAGUGACCGUGCGCUUGCCCCAGGGCACCUGCCUCACCUUUGACGUCCUCUGCACCCUGGAGUUCGACUCUGUCAGGAAGAGGAUGUCUGUGGUCGUGAGGCACCCGCUGACCGGUGAGAUCGUCGUCUACACCAAGGGUGCCGACUGCGUUAUCAUGGACCUGCUGGAAGACCCAGCCUGCAUGAGUGACACUGAUGUGGAAAAGAAGAUGAGAAAAAUCCAAGCCCGGACCCAGAGGCAUCUAGACUUGUAUGCGAGAGAUGGCCUUCGAACACUGUGUAUCGCCAAGAAGGUCUUGAGUGAAGAGGACUUCAGGCGAUGGGCCAGUUUCCGGCGUGAGGCUGAGGCAUCCCUCAACAACAGAGAUGAGCUUCUCUUGGAGACAGCACAGCAUCUGGAGAAUCAACUCACCUUACUUGGAGCCACUGGGAUUGAAGACCGGCUGCAGGAAGGUGUUCCAGACACCAUUGCUGCUCUGCGGGAGGCUGGGAUCCAGCUCUGGGUCUUGACUGGAGAUAAGCAGGAGACUGCAGUCAACAUCGCCUAUGCCUGUAGACUCUUAGACCAGACGGACACCGUUUACUCCAUUAACACAGAAAGUCAGGAAACCUGUGACUCCAUCCUCAAUUUGGCACUGGAAGAGGUAAAGCAAUUUCAUGGACCUCUGAAGCCAGAUGGCAAGCUCUCUGGGUUCCGCCUGCCUUCUGCGACACCACCCCCCGCCUCAGGAGCUGCAGCUCCAGAUGUUGGAUUGGUCAUCGAUGGGAAGACGCUAAAUGCCAUUUUCCAGGGAAAACUGGAGGAGAGAUUUCUGGAGUUGACCCGGUAUUGCCGCUCUGUCCUGUGCUGCCGCUCCACCCCGCUGCAGAAGAGCAUGUUGGUCAAGCUGGUGCGGGACAGGCUGAGAGCCAUGACCCUGUCCAUAGGUGAUGGAGCAAAUGAUGUAAGCAUGAUUCAAGCUGCUGAUAUUGGGAUUGGAAUAUCUGGACAGGAAGGCAUGCAGGCUGUCAUGUCCAGCGACUUUGCCAUCUCCCGCUUCAGACACCUCAAGAAGCUGCUGCUUGUGCAUGGCCACUGGUGUUACUCACGCCUGGCCAGGAUGGUGGUAUACUACUUCUACAAGAACGUGUGCUACGUCAACUUGCUCUUCUGGUACCAGUUCUUCUGCGGUUUCUCUGGCUCCACCAUGAUUGACUACUGGCAGCUGAUCUUCUUCAACCUCUUCUUCACUUCCUUGCCUCCUCUUGUCUUCGGAGUCCUCGAUAAGGACAUCUCUAUGGAAACACUCUUGGCAUUGCCCGAACUGUACAAGAGCGGCCAGAACUCCGAGUGCUAUAACCUGCUGACUUUCUGGAUCUCCAUGGCGGAUGCGUUCUACCAGAGCCUUGUCUGUUUCUUUAUCCCCUACCUGACCUACAAGGACUCUGAUAUCGAUGUUUUUACCUUUGGGACACCCAUCAACACCAUCUCCCUUGCCACAAUCCUCUUGCACCAGGCAAUGGAAAUGAAGACCUGGACCGCCAUCCACGGGCUUGUUCUCGCAGGCAGCUUCCUGAUGUACUUUGCGGUGUCCCUUGCGUACAAUGCCAUCUGCGUCAGCUGCAACAGCCCCACCAAUCCCUACUGGGUGAUGGAAGGCCAGCUCUCAGACCCCACGUUCUACCUUGUCUGCUUUCUCACACCGGCCGUGGCUCUUCUCCCAAGGUACAUUUUCCUGACUCUACAAGGGACGUACGGGAAGUCUCCAAUCCUAAGAGCUCAGAAAAUUGACAAACUCCCUGCGGACAAAAGAGAGCUGGAAAUCCAGAGCUGGAGAAGCCGCCAGAGGCCUGCCACCACCCCUGGAGAGGCCCAGCCCACCAACUGUCUGGGGUCACCUGCCUCACAUCAGAGCUUCAGAAGCAGCACCCCAAAGAACUUGAGCCCUGCCAAGCGGAGGUAUGAGGAGGACUGGGUACUGCCUGGAGAGAGAUGCAGCAGAGACCACACAAGGGACGACUCAUACUCAGCGGACUCCUGGGCUAAAUUCUCAUCUGGGGAGCACCUGCUCUUGGAGCCUAGUAGGAUGGUGGCGUCCGGCGCCUACUCAAGUGGACAGACUAACUCAAACCGGCCCUUCAGCCGGGGUGGCCACCGCCGAUCCCAGAGCUCACUGACCAUAUGA